AUGUUCCAGGAGGCCCACAUCAGGAACAGGCCGCGGGGCGCGGCGCAGCCUGGGUUCGACGGCCGGGCACAGGGCGCGGAGCAACUUGCAUGUGCGCCAGACGCGACGAAUGCGACGUCGACGCGGGUCGCGACCGGCGCGCCACCUGCCUCGCAGUUCGAUCUUCCUGGCCUCGACGCGCUCGGGGGAAUGCUUGCCGGCAUGAACGCCCGCGCUGCGGAGAAGGCUCAGCAGCGACACAAGGCCCUCAGGUCCGGGGUACCGAAGGAUUCGCCCGCAAGAAGCACCAGAUCGACGCGCCAUGAUCGGAACCGCGACCAUGGCGCCGGGAGAGGGACGUCGGACUCCGUCUGGAGCGACGGAGCAGGAGGAUACCAGCCCCGUGGCCUUCUGUACGACCCCGCCGAGCGUGCAGCGCCCGGCCAGGCCGUUCUUGCCAGUCAGGAUCCUAACAACGUACCAAGGUCUCAGAAACCAAGCAGAGGCGUCGCAGACAUCGCACCUCGUGCGGCUCCGGGGACGCUCGGUCCCAGCAACACAGGCGCGGGCCGCGUCGCGUCAGCGGUGUCCGACGCGCUCGGGAGCCUCAGCUCCCUGACGGAGGAGAUCAAGUCGAGGCAUUCCCGGCAGCGCAGCAGCAGCGACGUGCGCGUGCGGUGCUCGAAGCUCGCGGUCGGCACGCUGGCCUGCUCGGAGUCCGGCUGGCUCGCGGUGCUGUCAGACAGGCUGACAUACAAGUUCAGACACCCCCGCCACGGCACCGUCGAGAUGGUCAUGUACGCCAGGGACAUCACCGAAACCAGGCUGGACAAGAAGAGCAGACGGCUGUCGUUCCGCGUGCGCAAUCCGCUGGAGCUGUUCCUCGGCAGCUACGACCCGGACAAUCCGGCCCACCGGCUGUGCAUCACUAUCAGUGCCCCGGGGGACUGCCAGCGCGUGCUCGAGAGGUGCACGGGGCUGCUGGAGGGCCUGCGGUGA